AUGGGACUUACAAAUAGUAAAGCUGAAGAAUCAGAAAUACUAGAUAGUCUUGUUCCACGUGUAUUUCGUGUCUGCAUUACUGAUUUGUCAACAGAGCAUUUAACAGAUAAAGAAAAAGCUAAAAUCGAUCGCUACGUUUAUACUUUUGCCCAGACUUACUUACGAACAAAAGAAAGAGUUGCGGAGCAAUUUUUGUUAUCAGAUUAUUCCGAUUUCCUAUAUUAA